AAGGUUGGCCACACCGUAGGCGAAACUGCGGACGGAGUUCUUUCAUUAAUCAUCGCGUGGUGUGUGCAGUAGUCGGUUGUGUUGUGUGACUUCUUCCCUCGUUAGAUAUAUACACAGUUGCUCUCUGCGAGUUAUUCUAAAUCAAAUUAUCUUCUCGAAUACGUUAAGUUUUCAGCCCCAUCACAAGGAGUUAGUUCUUAGAUUUGUUUCACUUUUUUUUGCUAGUGCUACCAAAAAAUUGUGAUAUUUUAGUUUUUGGGUUAAGUUUAUUUUUUGUACUGCAACCGGAAGGAAAGAACACAUAAGAAUCUACACGAAUUCGGACCUGUGCUUUUUGUGGAAAACCAGUAAAUAAUAACUUAUUGUAUGAGUCAGAAAGCCGAAAGACCAGUACUAUCAGGUCAACGCAUCAAGACCAGGAAAAGGGAUGAAAGAGAGAAGAAUGAUCCCACGGGAUUCCGUGACGCGGUCAUUGCAGGUCUCGAAGCAGCAGAAGAUUUAGAGCAAAUUUCCAAGUUUCUAGACAGUGCUGGUAACAAACUCGACUAUCGUCGCUACGGAGAAGUAUUAUUCGACAUACUAAUUGCUGGCGGGUUACUUGUCCCAGGAGGAUCCAUCUCACAAGAUGGCGAGAAACCUCGCACCAAUUGCUGUAUAUUCGCAGCACCGGAAGACAUGGAAUCGAUGCGUAACCAUGAACAGAUCUUCCAGCGGCUUAUGCGCCGAUACAAGUACCUCGAGAAAAUGUUUGAGGAGGAAAUGAAGAAGAUCUUGAUCUUCAUCAAGGGUUUCACUCCACUGGAAAGGAUCAAGCUUGCUCGUAUGACAGCUUUGUGGAUUGCCAACAACUCCGUGCCGCCACACGUGCUGCUCGUGCUGAACAACGAGCAUCUGACGAAGGAUGGUCUUGCACUCGAGUUCCUGCUCGAAGUGUUCGUCACCUUCAAGCAGGAGAAAGGCACUGCGCCGCUGGUAGCUGCACUACGUAAGGGUGGCCUCGAUAACCGUCUGCUUGUUUUUCUGCCGAUUAAUAAGCGAAGUGAGGAAUACCUGAAGACGGUGUUCAUCGAGAAAGAGCUUGCGGACAUAUUCAAGCUUCAUAAGGCUCAGGCGAGCCAAGAAGCGAAACGCGAAUUAACGCAGCUGUUAAUCGAUGAUAUUAACGACAACAAGACAACAAAAGAUAUUAUUGCCGACAUUAAGGAUAUGUCGGUAAAGUCAAACAUUCCUGAACAUGAAGUCAUUGGUCUGGUUUGGACCACGGUGAUGUCACUAGGCGAAUGGAACAAGAAGGAGGAACUUGUCGCAGAGCAGGCUCUGAAGCACCUGCGCGCGUAUACUCAGCUGUUCGAAGCUUUCACCACAACCAAUCGCGCCGAAAUGAUGCUGCUGCUCAAGGUGCAGGAGUUUUGCUACGAGAACAUGAACUUCAUGAAAGCGUUCCAGAAGAUAGUGCUACUGUUUUACAAGACCGAGGUUGUUUCGGAAGACUCAAUCCUCAAGUGGUACAAGGAAGGACACUCGAACAAGGGCAAGAUGCACUUCCUGGAUCAGAUGAAGAAAUUCAUCGAAUGGCUACAAAAUGCCGAAGAAGAAAGCGAAUCUGAAGAAGAGGAUUAAAUCAAGUCAUCAAUAAAUACAAUGACGAAAUUGACGAUUUAUCAAGUGAGGACGAUAGGAAGAAUCACACAUACAUACACACCUUAUAUAGCAAUUGAGAAUGCAACGUAUUUAUUCUUAUAAAAACUCACCACAAACGGUUAUCAAGCAGAACAAAACCCCAUAAAAAAAAAACAGCGAAAAAUUCUUAACAUUGUGUACAAAAUCUUAAAAGCACGUGUUCCCGAUUUGGGGGAAACACACACACGCCCAUACUUCACCACUCGUACAGAAAAGCAUCAAUAUUCGGAAAGUCUGCUGGAACAAGUACUUCCGAUGAAAAACAAACCGAUAAAGAAAUUUCACCUCCAAACCCUGAAUUUAUUUCAAGAAGAAAAAAUCGUAAACACAAAUUUAUACAAAAAAAAAAACUAAUAAAACAAACUGAUAUAAGCAAAUCAAAUCAGGUAAAACCCCGCUGGCCGUUUUCUUGUGAGACUACUCAACCUCAAGUUGAACGAAAAAGAAAAUGCACCAAACAACAUCAACAAAACACAACAUAGAGCAAGCUCCCAAUUCCGGGCUUGGUCGUAUCCAUAAAUUUUUACCACUUUGAAAAAAAUAUAUAGAUAACUUUUCGCUCGCAGAAAAAAACAAGAUUGUAAAAUAAUAAGCCGACGACUCAAUUCUAAAUUAGAAAACAAGAAACACAAAUAGCCAUUUUUGCUAGAAACAAAUUCGCGAAUUAUACAAAAUGAAAAAACCAAACACACAACAACCAACGGCACAACUUACCCUUUCCGGACGAUGAAAUUAACAAAUGAUAAUGCAAAACGAGAUGGCGAAGUUCAGCAGCAGCAGCAGUACUUGUGCGCUUGAUGAUAAAGCAAAGACGGAUUUUUGGUGUCUUCCACAUAUUUUGCUAAUUGAGAUAUAACCAGCAGGUGAAACAAGAAGAAUUAUAAAAUCAUAACGAAAUAUAUUAGAUAAAAGCGCAUCUUAAAUAGUGUCUACCAGAGACCAAUGAGAGCUACAUUCUCGUGGCGGAGACGGAAUGAGUUUUCACGAGUUUUAAUUGAUCUAGUAAAAAAAGCAUAAAGUCGAAUAAUAAAAAAAGAUGUUCAGUAUAAACGAUACAUCGAAAAACUGGUUAA